AUGAAAUUUUCUGUUUCCACUUCGCAUUUGAUGUAUGACAUUGCAUGAGUCGAGGAAAUUGACAAGCUAUCGUCUGUCUGGUAACAUCUUCCAUGAGGAAUUCAGGAUGUCGAUGUGGACAACUUUAGGCCUGAUUACUUGGCUAAACAGUUUUUUUUCGUCAGCAUCUGUUGCGGCUCCUGCUAUAGAUGUUUACAUUAGCAGUGAAGGUUGCGAUGAUCGGCCAAAGACACCGAACACAUGUGGAAUUGCUUACAUCAAGGUGAACGGCGAGGAUUAUUCUCGUCACGGCAGAGGACAUAAUGUUGUUGUUGUGGACGGUGCAACAGGUGUCAUUCUUGAUUCAAAAGAAUUCGACACAUACGGGAAUAUAUUUGCCGGUAACAACCUAAGGGACUACCUCAACAACAUUAGAGGAAACAAAAUCGUUUUGGUCGGUGUUCAAGACGAAGGUUCGAGAUAUGCUUCAUCAGCGGUUAGCGCUCUCAAAAGACUGGGGGCUCGUGAUCCUGUUCUUGGAAGCAUGCGGUCGUCUUUUGCAUUUGCUGGUUACGCGGGCACAGGACAACCAGCCUGGAUGACACAAAAAAAGAUACAAGAGUGGAACGCGAGAUUUCAUGGGCCCAGUCAAAUAACUCUGAAAAUUCCCCUUUCAUCAAGAGGCUAUAAAUGUCAAAACCAAACUUUACAGGGACAAAAAGGCGUCAUUUACUCACCUAACUAUCCAGAAAUAUACCCAGAUGGGCAAUACUGCAUGUGGAGGAUCAUGGUGAAAGCAUCUUUUCAAGUGGCCUUAAUUUUUACACGCUUCAGUCUACAAUCUGAGAACAACACGGACGCUGUUUAUGUGUACGAUGGCAAUGACCAAACAGGGAACGUAUUAGGAGUGUUCUAUGGGGGUCAGCUUCCCCCCAGGAAUGGAAUUUAUUCUUCGUCAAACAGCCUCCUUGUAAUAUUCAGAUCAGAUAAGAAUGGUUCUUUCUAUGGGUUCCAAGCCUCUUAUAGCGCUGUUAAGUGUUCUGGAGCCCUUGGAAUGGAGAGUGGGGCGAUUUCUGGUGCCCAGAUAACUGCUUCUUCGCGAAUGAACAACAACAGCACACCAAGACAGGCGAGACUGAACUUCAUUGAACAGGGAAUCAAGCAAGGGGGGUGGUCGUCUCUCAAAAAUGAUCGUAACCAAUGGCUUCAGGUGGAUCUUGGCAGUCACACCAUUGUAACAGGUGUGGCGACUCAAGGGAGGAACUCAACAAAUUGGCGACAGUGGAUAAAAACUUUCACGUUACAGUUUAGUUUUGACGGAGUGAUCUUCCAGUCAUACAAAGAGCCAGGGAAAAUGUCAGCAAAAGUACUUCACGCCAAUCAAGACAGUGAUACAGUUGUGUAUAACAAGUUGAUCUCACCAAUCACAGCUCGUUAUAUCAGGCUUUUACCAGUCACAUGGCACAACCAUAUAUCACUCAGAAUGGAGCUUUAUGGGUGUCGAGGUUGUUCCUCAUCACUUGGCAUGGAGAGUCAGGUUAUCUCCGAUGCCCAAAUCACUGCCUCCACCCAAUGGAAUAAUGACAAUUCUGCAAAAUUUGCACGGUUAAACUUGGGCGGCUGGGUUGCCAGAGCAGUCUAUCCUAGACAAUGGCUUCAGGUGGAUCUGGGAACUUACUCAAGCGUAACAAGUGUUGCAACUCAAGGAGUGAACUUACGAGGAUGGCGAAAAUGUUGGACAGUUAGUUACAAUCUACAAUACAGUGAUGAUGGAAUAACCUUUCAUUUUUACAAGGGUCCUGGAGAAACUCUACCCACGGUGCUCAGUGGAAAUCAAAACUUCCACUCAGUUGUGUCAAACAAGUUGAGGCAACCAAUUACAGCUCGUUACAUUCGAUUCAAACCUUUACUCUGGAACUAUCGAAUUGGAAUGCGAACCGAGAUCCAUGGUUGCCUAGAGUGCACUGUCCCUCUUGGAAUGGAAAGUAGGUCGAUAUCUGAUGCGCAAAUCACCGCUUCUUCGCAAUUGAAUGGAAACCACUCCGCAGUACAGGGCAGGUUGCAUUUUCAGGCCGUGGGAAACAAAGCUGGAGGGUGGUCGGCUCUUACGAGCGAUAUAAACCAAUGGCUUCAGGUGGAUUUUGGUAGUUACACUCAUGUGACACAACUGGCGACUCAGGGGGUGAACGGAGUUGAUGAAUGGGUGACCAGAUACAAGUUGCAGUUUAGUGAUAAUGGACUGACCUACAAGUUCUACCAAAAAACUGGGGACACUUCGGUCACGGAGUUUAAGGGAAACCAAGAUCGUAACGAGGUUGUGUAUAAUACCCUUCGUCCGCCACUCAAAGCGCGCUAUGUCCGCAUAAUCCCAACACAGUGGAAUAAACAUAUCUCCAUGAGGAUAGAGCUCUUUGGAUGUCCAGAUUGCAUUGCACCCGUCGGUAUGGAGAGCGGACUGAUCUCCGAUGACCAAAUCAGUGCAUCAUCACAAUUGGAUGAUAAUCAUGCGCCAAAGCGCGCCAGACUGAAUACCAAGAUGAGUGGGAUAAAACAGGGAGGUUGGCUUCCUCUAACAAAUGACCGUAAUCAAUGGCUUCAAGUGGAUCUUAAUAGUUAUACUCGAGUAACACGAGUAGCAACUCAAGGGAUGGAUGGCUAUGAGCAGUGGGUGACUUCCUUCCAGUUAGAGUACAGUAUUAACGAAAUCACUUUCAAGUCUUACAUGGAAAGUGUUGGCAACCCCAAGAUAUUUCUCGGCAAUGGUGAUAGUGAAACUGCUGUUUACAACAUUCUUAAACCUCCAAUCACAGCACGAUACAUAAGGAUCUUACCCAUAACGUGGUAUAAAAACAUAGCGAUGAGAAUAGAGAUCUACGGUUGUACAGUGUGUAGCACACCUCUUGGUAUGGAAAGUGGAGCAAUCAAAGAUGCACAAAUAACCGCCUCUACACAGUGGGAUGGCAAUCAUGACACAUCAAGGGCUAGGCUGAAUUUGAAGUUGACUGGAGUAAAGAGAGGAGCCUGGUCAACUCGUGUACUGGAUCUCAAACAGUGGCUUCAAGUCGAUCUUGGCAGCUAUACCACUGUGACCGGUGUCGCGACUCAGGGAAGGAAUGCACCACGAUUACAGCAGUGGGUGACUAAGUACAGGUUGCAAUAUAGUACUGAUGGAGUGAACUUUCAUUUUUACAUAGAAAAAGGCGACAACUCAUUCAAGGUGUUUAGUGGUAAUCAAGACCGAGACAGCAUUGUGUACCACAAAUUGGUAAGGCAAAUUACGGCACGUUACAUCCGGUUCAUUCCGGUGGAAUGGCAAAGUCACAUCUCUAUGAGAGUGGAAAUCUAUGGCUGCGCAGGAUGCUUUGAACCGCUUGGUAUGGAGGAUGGAACGAUCACUGAUGACCAGGUCAGUUCUUCUACGCGACUGGAUGACAACCAUUCGCCAAGUAAGGCCAGGUUGAAUUUUAAAGAAGAAGAAAACAAGGCCGGGGGAUGGUCAGCUCAGACAAACGACGAAAACCAAUGGCUGCAGGUCGAUCUUGGGAGUUAUACAAGAGUUACGCGUGUGGCGACUCAAGGGUUGAAUGUCAACAACGAGUGGGUGACCAAAUACAAGUUACAAUUCAGUGACGAUGGAAAAAACCUCCAGAAUUACAAGCAACAGGGUGACAGCGAAUGGACGGUGCUGAAUGGGAAUAAAGGAAGUGAUGCCAUUGUAUAUAACAAUCUGAAUCCUCCAAUCACAGCAAGGUUUAUACGAUUUAUACCAAUCAGUUGGCACAAUAAGAUUUCCAUGACAACAGAGAUCUUUGGCUGUCCAGCAUGUAUGACUGCUCUUGGAAUGGAAAGUCAGGCAAUAGAAGAUGCUCAGAUAAGUGCUUCCUCGCAACUGGAUGGAAACCAUUCUGCAAUACAAGGUAGACUACACCUUACGAGAAACAGUCAAAAGCAAGGUGGCUGGACGGCUCUCACAGAUGAUCGUAACCAGUGGCUACAGGUGGAUCUUAAUACUUUUGCGCGGGUAACGGUAGUAGCGACCCAAGGAAGAAACGGAUUCAAAGAAUGGGUUACCAAAUACAGCUUGCAAUAUAGCGAUGAUGGUGUGACCUUCACGUUCUACAAGGAACCUGACAGCAACUCCGAAAAGGUGUUUGAUGGAAACCGAGAUUCAGAUACUGUCGUAUACAACAAACUAACUUCGCCAAUAACAGCUCGGUACAUACGGCUAAUACCAAUGACGUGGAAUAACCACAUCUCGAUGAGGAUGGAUUUAUAUGGCUGUCCAGGCUGUAUGUCCCCGUAUGGCAUGGAAAAUCGCAAAAUUUCGGAUUCUCAAAUCAAGUCGUCAACGCAGCUGGAUGAAAAUCACUCUGCAAAGCAUUCCAGGUUACAUUCAAAGGCAAAUAGAGAAAACGGAGGAAGCUGGUCAGCGCUUAAAAAUGACGUAGACCAAUGGCUUCAGGUGGAUCUUGGUAGUUACAUACGGGUGACGGGCAUUGCUACGCAGGGGAGGAAUGGGCAUGACGAGUGGGUGACCAAGUUCAGACUGCAAUAUGGUGAAAAUGAGGACAUCUUUCAUUUCUUUGAGGAUCCAGGACAUUUUGCUGCGCAGGUUUUCAAUGGAAAUACGGACAGUGACACUGUCGUGUACAACACACUGACUCCACCAAUUAUAACGCGUUACAUUCGAUUCAAACCCGCUGAGUGGCACAAUCGAAUAUCAAUGAGAACUGAGAUCUAUGGCUGUCCAGGUUGCAUAAAUCCUCUCGGAAUGGCAUUUGGAUCGAUAUCUGAUACUCAGAUAAUUGCAUCAUCACAACUGGAUGGUAAUCACUCUGCAUCACAGGCCAGGUUACAUUUCCAAGCGGAUGGUAACAAAGUUGGGGGUUGGUCAGCUCUCACAAAUGAUCGUGACCAAUGGCUUCAAGUGGAUUUUGGUAGUUACACAAAAGUGACGCGUUUGGCGACUCAGGGGAUGAAUGGCUACGAUCAGUGGGUGACCAGAUAUAUGUUACAAUAUAGUGAUGAUGGAAUAACCUUCCACCUCUACAAAGAAGCUACAUCCAGCUCUGCAAAGGAGUUCGAUGGGAAUCAAGACCAAAAUACUGUUGUUUAUAACAUAUUGAGCCCACCAAUAACCACUCGUUACAUUCGACUGAAACCGCUGGCCUGGAACGACCGGAUAUCGAUGAGAAUGGAGAUCUACGGAUGCCCAGGUUGUGCAGCACCACUUGGCAUGGAUAGCGGGGCAAUCACCGAUGCACAGAUAAGUGCUUCUUCACAGUGGGAUGGCAAUCAUGGGGCCAGGCAAGGAAGGUUACAUUAUAAGAAACUUCCGGGAACCUCCGGAAGUUGGUCAUCACGUGCAAAUGAUUUAAACCAGUGGUUUAAAGUGGAUCUUGGUCAAUACACGACAGUGACUGGUAUAGCGACCCAAGGCAGACAACGCUAUGACGAAUAUGUGACAGCAUAUAAGUUGCAGUAUAGUGACGAUGGAGUAACUUUUCAGUUUUAUAAGGAGAAGCCACUCGAAACUGAAAAAGUCUUUCGUGGAAAUAGUGACAGAGAGACCGUCGUUUAUCACGAAAUACGCGAACCAAUCAGAGCACGCUACAUACGAAUUAGACCGGUGAGUUGGUACCGACACAUAUCCAUGAGGGUUGAGAUUUAUGGCUGUCCAGGCUGUGUAUCCCCCCUCGGCAUGGAAAGUAAAUUCAUCUCUGAUGCGCAAAUAUCUGCCUCCUCACAACUGAAUGAUGAUCGUGCUCCAGCACAUGCCAGGUUGCACAGUCAAACAGUCACUGAUGGUAAAAAUGGGGGGUGGUCUGCUCGCAAGAACGACCUUUAUCAAUGGUUUCAAGUGGACCUUGGAAGUAAAGUAAUUGUGACGCGUGUAGCAACACAGGGGAUAGAUGGACUCGACGAGUGGGUGACAAAAUACAGAAUACAAUUUAGCUAUUCUGGGAUAAAUUUCCAAUUUUACAAGAAAGCAGAACACAGUUCUGCACAGGUUUUCGAUGGAAAUGACGACAGUUCCACAGUUGUAGUCAAAAGACUGAGUGAGCCAAUCAGAACACGUUUCGUCCGAUUAUUACCGCUAGAGUGGCAUAAACACAUAUCAAUGAGAAUUGAGAUUUACGGAUGCCCAGACUGCAUCGCACCUCUUGGUAUGGAAAGCGGAAAUAUCGCUGACUCAAAGAUAACUACAUCCUCGAUUUUGGAUGACAAUAGCCCUGCAAGUCAAGCCAGGUUAAAUUAUAAAGCGGACGGUGGCUUUGGGGGAGGUUGGUCAUCUCUCAUAAAUGAUGCUAACCAAUGGCUUCAAGUAGAUCUUGGUACUUACACACGUGUGACACGUGUGGCCACUCAAGGAAGGAAUGGGUACGAUCAGUGGGUGACCAAGUAUACGAUGGAGAACAGUGAGGAUGGCCAAAGCUUCCAGGUGUACAAACCAUCUAAUGCUAGCGUUGCGAGGGUUUUUACUGGAAAUCAAAACAGCGAGGCAGUGGUUUACAACAGUUUGAGCCCACCAAUCACAACAAGGUUCAUACGGCUUAUACCGGUAGAGUGGCACAAUCAUAUCUCUAUGAGGAUAGAGAUCUAUGGCUGUCCAGGAUGUGCUGCAGCACUUGGUAUGGAGAAUAAAGAAAUACCCGUUGCCAACAUAAGGGUAUCCUCCCAAAUGGAUGAGGAUCAUGGUGCAAAGGAAGCGAGGUUAAAUUCGAAAGCAGACGGGAACAUGGGAGGUGGGUGGUCAGCCAUGAGCAAUAACUUCAAUCAGUGGCUUCAAGUGGAUAUCGGUGAUAACUCUCGAUUGACAGGUGUUGCGACUCAGGGGAUGAAUGGGAACAACCAGUGGGUGUCCAGAUACCUCAUACAGUAUAGCAGUGACGGAGUGACUUUUGAAUUUUAUAAUGCAACAGAAGACAGUUCUGCAAAGGUAUUUUAUGGAAAUCAGGACAGUGACACAGUUGUAAAAAACAUACUCAGUCCACUAAUAACAGCACGUUACAUUCGCCUGAUGCCUGUUGAGUGGCAUAAUCAUAUAUCGAUGAGGGUGGAAAUCUACGGCUGCUCAGUGUUUGCUGGUUCGCCAACUGUACCACCAUCAGAAAUGACGACAGAAGCUAACACAGACAAAGAAGGGGGAAUACUCGGAGCGCAACAAGGAAACAAGAAAAAAGAAGGCGUCAAGGUACUUGCUGUGGUGUUACCCUUGGUAAUCAUUUUAAUCGCUGUCGUAGCAUUGGGUGUAUUCUUUUACUGGAAAAGGAGAGGUCAAAAGAAUGUGGACAUCAACACAGUUGCAUUUCAGACGGGAACCGAUGAAUUAAACUAUGCAGUGAACAAAAUAUACGAUGAUCGGGGAACCAGUGAAUUAAACUAUGCAGUGAACAAAAUAUACGAUGAUCGUAAAUCAUCCGGUUACCAACUCCUCAGCGAAGAAAACUUAAGUUGAUGAGAAUAGGGAUGCGCUGGUGCCUGACUGAAACUGAAAAAAUAAGCAGCAAGGAUAUGUUUUAGCUUAUUAGUGUUUUAAGAGAUUUUUAAAAACAAAAACAAAAAAAAUCCUCUGAGGAUUCUAAUCAUUUUCCCAAAUAAUAGUGGUAGUAAAAAACGCCAAGCGAAAGUAACAGGUACCGUUUUUCUUAUUAGUUAGAGGAGAAUGAGUUAGGUAGCCAGUUUUUGAAUGUGCAAAUAUCUCUGAAAAGAUGGUCAAUUUUAGUUUGUUUGCUGUCUAAACGAUGUAAGUGUAUGACAAUGGAUGAUUACUAGCUUAUAGAGCGUUAGCACAUCAACCAAUCAGAAGAUUAGAAAAUACCUUUAAAAACCAAAGAGAACUCAAAGUAAAACCACGCAAACUGCCCAAAGCGCGGGAGAACACGGGUGACCAAGUCGUGAUUGGCUUUAGUUUUGUAUCUGAUUGGUUGAGAGAGUAUAUGGCGCGAGUUCUUUGGACUAAUCAUAGAGCGGAGUGAGGGAAAUCCAAAGCAAUCCCUGAUUACUUUCGACACCCCAUUAAAAACCGCUCUGCUUUAAAAAGCACACAAAAAUUCGUUGUUCAACUAAAAAAUAUGGCUCGCAAGCAUUCAAUAAACCCACAUUUUAGAUUACUGGAUGAAUAUCAACAAAUGUUUAUCUUGAUUAAAUUUUUUGCCCUUAUAUGGAUAUGAUUUAUGGAAAAAUACCUUUAGCGUAGUUCUGAACGGUUUCAGAGAGUGUAUUCAUAGCCGUAAAUACAGUCAAUUACAUUUUAUCUUGAUAAUAAAAGUAAUCUAAUCUCUCA